AUGCCUGUGACGUCGGCUCACACCUGCACGCACACUCUACGCAAUGAUGAACGAAUCGAGACUCACCUAAUUGAACCUUUGCAGGUUCGCCAUACAGCAGACUUGUCCUUCAAAAACAAGUACGAGCUCUUGAAGAAGCUCGAUCAGCUACCAACAAGCACGGCAGAUUGGAUCUGUCAUGAGUGGGAGGUGGUGGGCGAUGAGGUGGACGAGGCAGGCGCACCAAAGACAGAAGACGUGGAGUUAUGGCGACGAGAUCCAGUGGAAUGCAUCCGCGAACUCAUCGGAAACCCAGCAUUCCGUGAGUUCCUCAAGUUCGGCCCAGAGAGGCUUGUCGCACGAGCAGAUGGGUCGGAGAUCGUGAUUGAGGAGAUGUGGACAGCCGACUGGUGGUGGGAAAUGCAGGGAGACCUUCCGGAUGGAGCCACCAUUGCCCCCGUCAUCUUAUCGUCUGAUAAGACGCAGCUCUCACGCUUCUCCGGGGACAAACAGGCCUGGCCCGUCUAUCUCACAAUAGGAAACAUCGCGAAGGGUGUUCGUCGUCAACCCUCAAUGCGUGCAACAGUUCUGAUCGGGUACAUACCGGUGACGAAGCUCGAAUGCUUCAAGAAGUCCACCAGGUCGGCCGAAGGAUGGCGACUUUUCCAUCACUGCAUGGCCAAAAUUCUUGAACCAUUGAAGGCGGCAGCGAAGGACGGCGUCGAGAUGGUCUGUGCAGAUGGUUUUAUCCGGCGAGUUCACCCGAUCAUUGCGGCGUAUGUUGCGGACCAUCCAGAGCAGUGCCUUGUGUUGUGCUGCCAGGAGAACUACUGCCCGAAGUGCGCCGUCCCUGCAAGGUCUCUUGGCGACCCAGACCCUUCCGUGAUGAAGGACCAAGAGUCAGUCUGCGAUAUCAUCGACGAUCAAGACCAAGGACACAAACCUUCCGACUUCAAAGACCUUGGCCUACGACCCGUCGACCCCUUCUGGCGCGACCAUCCCCAUUGCGACAUCUUUGGGUGCUUCACGCCGGACCUACUGCAUCAGUUACACAAGGGAGUGUUCAAGGACCAUACCGUCUCAUGGGUGACAGACGCCCUUGCUGGCGGGGCGGAUGAGCUCGACAAGCGGUUCAAAGCCAUGCCAUCCCACCCCAGUCUCCGGCACUUCAAGAAGGGGAUAUCGCUGGUGUCGCAGUGGACGGGAACGGAGUACAAGAGCAUGGAGCGCGUUUUCCUCGGCGCUCUCACGGGCGCGGCUGCACCGGAUGUUGUGCGCGCCGCGCGCGCGGUUCUCGACUUCAUCUAUUACUCCCACUUUGAAGCUCACACUAGUCGCUCACUCGCUCUCCUCGAGUCCUCAUGGCGCGCAUUCCACGAACACAAAGGCGUCUUCGUCUCACUCGGCAUCCGUAAACACUUCAAUAUCCCCAAAUUCCACGCCGCGCUCCACUACCCUCUCUCGAUCCGCAGGCUCGGACCCGCCGACGGCUUCAACACCGAAGCUUCCGAACGCCUGCAUAUCGACUGCACCAAAAGAGGAUACAACGCCUCCAACAAACGAGCGUACAUCAAGCAGAUGGCAGUCUGGUUGAAUCGGCAAGAGGCAAUACAUCGGUUCCAGCUUUUCCUCGACUGGGCCAAGGAAGAAGGACGCGCAAAACUCGCAUCCGAGAGGACGGGCGAGGCUUCGGGUAUGGUACACGGCCACGCGGCGGCAGGUGGUGAUGAGGAUGCGGAUGGAGAUGUUAUGAUGAGCGAAAUGGAUGCUCCCGACGGUAUGCUCCCUCCCUAUGUCAUUGCGAAGAAACCCCCUUUCCCUGCCGUCACCAUCCGCGAUCUCGUCCAACGAUUUGGUUGCGUCAAUUUCGUUCAGAAUCUUGAAGCCUUCCUCAAAACUGUCUUCCUCUCCCGUCGCCGCCCCCCUACAAUAUUCAUCGCCAGUCAAACCUUUCCAGUAUACCGCCGAAUGUCCCUUUAUCUCCCCGCACUGCGCCAAGUCUCCUCAACACCCAUAAAGGACAUCGUCCGGGCUUCACCUCGGCAGCCAGCUCGUCCGCUCCAUCCUGCAACCCCGGCUCAUUUCGACACGGUCCUUGCAUGGGAACCUGGAGUGGAUCCGACGGAUGCGGGGCCCGUGGUCUCCGUUGAAGGUUUGCGGGUGGCUCGAGUCCGAGCUAUCUUUCGUGUACCAGCGACAUUCGGAGCUCGUUUUGAGCAUCCGCUUGCGUACGUUGAAUGGUUCACCCCAUUCCGUGAGCCCGACCCAAUCACUGGUAUGUUUCGUGUAUCAGUCUCUACCCACCAUCGCCGCCAUCGAUCCUCUAUCAUACCCAUCACCUCGAUUGUUCGUAGUUGUCACCUAAUACCUGUAUGGGGCCGCAGUGUUGACCCGACUUGGACGACAGAUAAUGUGCUCGAUAAAUGUCAGAAAUUUUAUGUUAAUCCGUACCUUCGCCAUCACGAUUUCAUUCUGCUACGAUACCUACGUAACGGUCAAUGA